AUGGCGAGCGAAGCAUCAACAACAACACAACCUCCGGUCAAGAUUGGCACACGCAAGUCUGUCCUCGCAAGAGUGCAGACAGACAUUGUGUGCAAGGAGCUGCGCAAAGCAUGGCCCGACCGACAGUAUGAGAUCCACGCCAUGAGCACCAUGGGCGACAACAACCAGACCACUGCUCUGCACGAGUUCAAUGCAAAGGCCCUGUGGACCCACGAGCUCGAGGCUCUGCUCGAGAAGGGCGACUUGGAUCUCAUUGUCCACAGUCUGAAGGACAUGCCCACUCAGCUCCCUCCUUCAAUGAGCAUUGGCUGCAUCUUCCCUCGCGAAGACCCUCGCGACGCCCUUGUCGUCAAGCCUACCCUUCCCUACAAGUCCCUCUCCCAACUGCCCGCUGGCUCUGUUAUUGGAACCUCGUCCGUCCGCCGCUCUGCGCAGCUCAAGCGCCUAUACCCAGACCUCAAGUUCGCCGAUGUUCGUGGCAACGUCGGCACUCGUCUUGCCAAGCUCGACAACCCCGAAGGCGAAUACACUGCCCUUAUCCUGGCUGCAGCAGGCCUUUCGCGUCUCGGCAUGUCCGACCGCAUUACCAGCUACCUCGACAGUGCAACAGGCGGCAUUCUACACGCAGUAGGCCAAGGUGCUUUGGGCAUUGAAGUUCGCUCUGACGAUGAGGACGUCAAGAAAUUGCUUUCAGCUGUUGGCUGCGAGUGGACCACCCGUGCCUGUCUCGCUGAGCGCAGUCUGAUGCGCACUCUCGAGGGCGGCUGUAGUGUACCCAUCGGCGUUGAGACCGAAUGGGACAGCGGCUCCGAGUUCACAGAAAACCUGAUCAUGCGUGCGUUGGUCGUCAGUCUGGAUGGUCAAAGACACGUCGAGACCGAGAUGCAGAGACGUAUCACUAGCAGAGAAGAGGCCGACGAGUUCGGCUGGGACGUUGCAAAGAAGCUGGUCGAACUGGGCGCCGAGUCCAUUCUUCAUGAUAUCAACCUGAACAGAAAGAUCAUCGAGGAGCAGGGUGACGCAUAA